AUGCGGCCGCUGGCGGAUGGAGCACGAUUGAAUCAGACGAGGUGGGCCUGCAUUGCACCCGUCCGAAGCGCGGAAAUCAUCAGGGCUGACGAUGGUGUUUGGCAGGGCGUUUUCACAUCACUCAUUGAGCAAUUGGGGGUCAAGGGUGUACAGUUCGAGGAGCUCAUUUCGCUCGACGCGGACUCGAUCCGCGCUUUGAGCCCCGUCUACGGCGUCAUCUUCCUCUUCAAAUGGAUCGGGUCGAGCUCGAGCGACACGAGGGCUCCGCAAGACGGCGCCUACGACUCCGAGGCCGUCGAUGACCGCCAACUCUUCUUCGCGGCGCAGACGAUUCAGAACGCCUGCGGCACCCAAGCCAUCCUCUCGGUCGUGCUCAAUAACGACGAGGCGGGAAGAAUAGACAUCGGGCCUUCGUUGCGCGACUUCAAAGACUUCACGACCGGCUUUCCGGCCGACCUGCGCGGCGAGGCGCUGUCCAACUCGGACCUCAUAAGAGACACGCACAACACAUUUGCGCGCUCGAGUCCCUUUGCGGACGAGACGCAGCGCGAUCCCAGCGCCGGGACAGAGGACGUUUUUCACUUCAUCGGCUACACGUGUCAUCACGGUCGGUUGUAUGAGCUGGACGGCCUGCAGCCAUUCCCCAUCAGCCACGGCGCAUGCUCCGCGGAAGAAUUUCCCGAGAAGAUCAUCCCCGUGUUGCAGCGGCGCAUCGAGCGCUAUCCACCGGGCGAGGUCCGGUUCAAUCUCAUGGCCGUCUGUGGUGAUUUGCGCGUCAAGGCAGAAGAGUUCCAGGACUACGAGAGCAUGGCGCGGGAGAAGCGGAAGCGGGCGCAGUGGGAUUGGGAGAAUGCGUUGCGCAGACACAACUUUGUCGGCUUUACUGGCGAGGUGUUGAAGGGCGUGGUCGGGUUGAAGCUGGCGGCGGGUGAGGAGAGCUAUGCCGGCUGGGUCAAGGAAGCGGAGGCGUCGACGAGGAGGAAGCUGGAGGAGCGGAGGGCUCGAGGGCAGGAAGCUGAGGGGUGA